GAGUGUUCCUUUCAUGCAUCACUUGCAAAUCUGAAACGCAAUCGGCUGGAUUAGAACAGGUAACGCAUGACGGUUAAACAAGAUGUUGGAAAGGUUGAAGGCGAAUACAAUCGACCCCGUCGACCAGACGCCGAUACUAUUGCAUACCUACGUUCACUUCCUUUGGAUCUUCACGCAGCCUUCGACCAAAUUACCGUUUUUCUCGCACAGCCCAACGAUACGGAAGAAACCGUAGAGUACCCCCACAUGUUGGCUGCAGCAUUGUCUGCCAUUGACGAAAUUCGCAAUGAAAUUGCAUCUUUGGCGGGGGAUGAAGUAGCCGCCGAAGCUAUCGAAGUAUUGGCUCAUAUUGCUGGGCCACAUUCGGAGAUCGCGAUUCGAAAGCUUCUCUUUGGAACAACGGGAUAUGCUCUUCACUUAUCAACACACCGAUAUGGAUCGCACGUUUUACAGACAAUCUUAGAGUUGGCGGCUACGUCGCAUUCUGAGAUCGAUUUGGCUAGUCAUCGCGAGGCCCCACCGCUCGACUUGGUAAAUGAGGAAUUGCCGUCACUGGCCGAACUUCUUUUGCAGAUCGUGGAAGAGAUUGUCCCCUUUACUGAUGACUUGGCUAUCCACAUCUGUGGCUCACAUGUUUUACGGUCACUCGUAUGUAUUCUUGGCGGAGUCAAAGUUGUUCAACAACCUGGCUCAUUCGGGAGCCAAGGACCGAUACGCCGAGGAAAGGUGAAGCCGAAACGGAAGAAAUCAAAAUCUGCUGCGCCGUAUGCCAAGGAAUCUUCUCAGAGCAAUUUACACCAGUAUUUGAAAUAUAUAUCAAACUCUCGGGUGUCGACGUCCGAUGAGAGGAUACGAAAUUCUCUGGAGCAAUUGGUUAGCGCUAUUUCUGGCAAUCAAGUACGAGAGCCUGGUGAUCUGCAACACCUGGCCUGUAAUGCAAGUGCAAGCCCGCUCCUCAUUGUGAUUUUACGAGUACUGACAUAUUCAGCAGCAGUAGGCGAAUGUAAGACGAAAGCUCGGAACCUAGAAGAAUCUGGGUCGGAACGAAGAGUAGAUCAUCAUUUGAGCAUACUGCAACCGGAGCCCAAGUUCGUCGCUGGAUCACAAGCCCACAAUUUAGCAAAACGAUUACUCUGCUGGCAAGAUUCGACUAGCGAACAAAAAUGGGCGCCUGAUGUAAUUUAUGGUCUAUCCGGGGAAACUCGAGGGUCACACAUCCUGGAGACCGUUUUGCGAUUAAGUUCGGACGAGUUCUACGAAUCCAUUCUGGAAGUCGGGGGCUUCCUGUCGAAGCAGAGUCUCCAAGAAUUUGUAGAGCACGACGUCAGUAACUUUGUAAUACAAAGCGCUCUUGCAACAAUUCGAAAUGAAAAGCAGGCUGAAAAGUUCCUCGAAGUCGUCGCACCUCUUGUUGUCAAUGGCUACGUUAUUCGAGGAUCCAAUCGUCGACGUGGCAUUCUAUGGCGGUUGACAGAGAUGGCAGCUAGGUUCCCCGGAAUCCAGAAGGCCACCUUAAAGGUCAUUCGCGAAGGCUUCGUUAUUGCUGGCGAAGUGCAAUCAAAAUCCAAUGGAUUGGUUGGCUGCGUACCCAAGCUUCUGAAUAUGAAAAAAGCUGAAGAAACCGGCGGACACUUGACUUUGGAUGUAGCUGGCACACGGACUCUAUUUCACUUACUUCGAUUCGAAGCUAAAUACUGCGAAGAGGUAUUACUUGGUAUUGCCGAUAAACUUGAACAGGACGACUUGGAACUACUUGCAAAGGAUGGUCUCGGAAGCAGAUGUAUAUGGGACGGUGUUUUGGAGGGGCCGGUCCAAGAAGCACACUUCUCUACCGCUUUGAAGCGAAUACUGAAGAAGUUACAAGGUCGAUGGGUUGGUCUGGCGGCAGAUCGUGUCGGCCACCACUCCGUGAUCAAACUUUUUCGAAGGCUCGUUGACAUGGGAGAUAGAGAGAAGCUAGUAGUGGAGCUUUCCGAAGGAAUGCAUCGUUUGACGGGAAACUCCAUGGGACGAAAUGUUCUGGAUGUCUGCUCCGUCCGGGAAUACAACGAAGUCGGCUAUAGCGAGUGGAGUAGCAUUGUCAAAAAACAACUGCAGAGGGAACAGUGGCUUAAGGAUAUGGUCGAGAAAGACCUCGCUGAUCGAGCUCCAAAGAAGAAACGGGAUCGCAAGAGAAAGCGACUUGAUAGAGACGCUACGGACAAAAGAGCCCAAAGCAAAGGCGAUCUCUCGGUAGAUACAAUAAUGGAUACAAUUUCUAUUCCGACUCGGAUAGAAAAAGAAUAAGACCAAGAUUGCCAAAUUUG